AUCAGCAGACAUAUAAGAACAGAUCAUUGUGUCCUUUAGUCUCUUUUUGUUAUUGGAAGAGCUAAAGGAACAGCUUCCUCUUCACUAUGAAUCAAGUCAAUGACUGUGAUGAGCUGGACUGUGUCCUGAAAAAGUCUGGAAGAAAGCUUGUAGUGGUGGCUCUGAGUUCUAAAAGAUGUGGCUACUGCAAAUUAACAACACCUUACCUUGAGUCGCUGAUUCAACACAUGCCUGAUGUUGUUUUCAUUAAAGCUGAUGUGUCUGAAUCUCAGGAAUUAUUGGAGAAGUUUAAAUGUACUGGAUUGCCAGCCUUUCAUUUCUUCCACAACAAUAACAGGGUAUACUUUUUUCAAGGAGCCAAUACAGAAUUUCUGGGGAAGAAGAUACAAGAACUAAGAAGAUUGUGCAAUUGAUCCAGCUACAAACUUGAUUACAGUGUAUUCUUCCUCCAUGGAAUUCUGUUUUAGGCAGUCUCUAUGCAGUAUCUAUUAAAGAGCAUAGGAAAGGUCAA